GCAAGGUCUGGCGCUGCGCAUAGCAGUCGUGCCAUCGGGAAAAGACAAUAUCACAGGAGCGCAGGAGAAACACAUCAGAGCCCCUCAGGCGUAACAGCUCAAGUGGUCUGAUAGAGUGACUGAUAGCAGACGGAGAAGGAAUAAAGGAGACGCAUAAAAGGAGGAUCAGCUGAUUUCCUCAUGUCUGGAUGAGACUGUUGGACAAUCGUUAAUGCGUAACGCUCAACACUCCCUCAUAUGAGGGUGUAGAAUGGAAACAAGCCUCUACCCAGGCGCCGUGGUCAACACUCCGAGGGUCUCCAGCAUCUAUCCCCAGAGCACGAUGAUGAAGAAGGAAAUUAACCUGAACUUGGACGACCAGAACGCCGAGCUCAAAUCCAACCCGCUUCGGGACGCAGACGGACUCCUCAACUCCCCAGACUUGGGACUCCUGAAACUCACCUCUCCGGAUCUGGAGCGCCUUAUCAUCCAGUCCAACGGUCUGGUCACCACCACCACCAACUCCGCCUCCCAGUUCCUGUACCCGAAGUCGGCCAGCGACGAGCAGGAUUUCGCGGAGGGCUUCGUCAAGGCGCUGGAGGAUCUUCACAAGCAGAACCAGCUGAACGAGGCGGGCUGCGUCUCCGUGGACAGACUGGAGCUCCUCGGGUCCUCCAACGCAGCCGCCUCCGCCGGGCUCCAGAACCCAGACCUCCCCGUGUACACUACCCUGAACGGCUAUGCUGCCAGUCCGCUGGGAGCCACCACCAUCAACUACUCCACGGACACCAUCCCCUUCCCGCCGCCGCCGUCUCAUCUGAGCAGCGCGCAGCAACAGGCGGCGGCUGCGGCGGCGCUGUCACGACUCCAGACGGUCGGUGCGGUGAAAGACGAGCCGCAGACGGUACCGGACAUGCAGAGCUUCGGGGACAGUCCUCCCCUGUCUCCCAUCGACAUGGACAACCAGGAGCGCAUCAAGGCGGAGAGGAAGAAGCUGCGGAACAGGAUAGCCGCCUCCAAAUGUCGCAAGAGGAAGCUGGAGAGGAUCUCUCGGCUGGAGGACAAGGUGAAGACCCUGAAAACGCAGAACACCGAGCUGGCCUCCACAGCCAGCGUCCUCAGGGAGCAAGUGGCCCAGCUCAAGCAGAAGGUGAUGAACCACGUUAGCAGCGGAUGCCAGCUUUUACCAAACCAGGUCCAGGCGUACUAAUGGUGCUCUUCAUGUUUUUACAGCUCCGAGGAUUCAGGCCUGCGUUAUAAAGGAACAUUCUGCCUUCUGUAGCCCAGAAUCCUUAUCAGAGACUUAAUGAGAGGCCCAUUGUAAAUGCACAUAGAAGGCUGGGAAAACGAAACAGACUUGUGUAUAAAACUAAACAGGCCUCCAUAAGAGCUGCAAGUCAACUGGAAAGUGAAAGGUUAAACAGCAGCAGGUAUGGACUGCAGCCUGUUUUGAUCCAUGACAAGCUGGCAGUGUUAUUCCAGGAAAACAGACUCACUUUGUAAAGAAAGCCAUGUAGCAACCUGCUAUCCACUGGACUGGUACAGGAUAGCAUUUAUCUGUGUAAGCUGGACAAUCUCAACAAGGGUGCAACCAAACACCAGGGUGUCACCAAGUGCUGUCAUCCACUGUGUAAUAUAAUGCCUUACUUGUUUACAAACACUUAGCAAUGACAAAUAUAUAUAUUUUAUUUACUGAAACAUUUCUUAUUUUACAUAUGGUCUUAUUUCCUUUUUGUUUUUUUUGCAAAAAUGAACACUGCAUAUCUUGUUGCUUUUGUGUACAGUAACCAUUGUAUUUUUCAUUAUGGUGGCUGCUGUGUAGUUGUUCAGUCGCCAAACUUCCAUGAAUGUAUGUGUACGUGCUGAGAAACCCUAUGUAUCCAUGUGUAAUGGAGUCUCUACCUGACAUUUAUUAAAUUCACUACAUUACUAAAAGGCU